AUGGCUGAGACUCACCACUUUCAUGCCCACAAGCUCUUCAGCAUGAAGGGCCAAGUGGCUGUCGUGACCGGAGGUGGCUCAGGCAUUGGUUUGAUGAUUACUCAGGCUCUUACUGCAAAUGGCGCAAAGGUCUAUGUCGUCGGCAGAAACCUCGAGAAGCUCCAGACUGCCAGCAAGGAGCACGAACCUGAUCACGGAGAGAUCAUCCCUAUUGGAGAUAUCGAUGUUACCAAGAAGGCCGAUCUUGAGAAACUGGUCAAGCAGAUCGAGGAGAAGGAGAAGUGUAUCCACCUGCUUGUCGCCAAUGCUGGUGUUCCUGGACCUAAGGCAGAGCCUGACAAGGAGGAUGCUGGAGAGCUCAAGGACAAGCUGUGGCAGGGUGAGUCUGUCGAGGAGUGGAACGACACAUACUCUACCGAUGUCACAUCGGUCUACUUUACCACCGUCGCCUUCUUGCCUUUGCUGCAGGCUGCUGUCGAGCCUAAGGGUUCUGGAGAGAAGUUCAGCGCAUCCGUUAUCACCACUUCGAGUAUGAGCGGUAUCAUGCGUCACGCUCAAGGACACUUCGCCUACAACGCAGCCAAGGGUGCAACAGUGCAUCUGACCAAGCUGAUGUCUGCCGAAUUCAUGAAGGUCGGCGUUAGAGUCAACAGCAUUGCUCCUGGAUACUUCCCCAGCGAAAUGACAGCCAAGAGCUCCGACGACAGACAGAAGAGCGAUCUGCCUCCUGAGAAGGUCGCUGACAAGGGCCAUGUGCCUCAGAUGCGCGGCGGACGUGACGAAGAAAUGGGCAUGCUCGCAUUGCUACUUGCAAAGAACACUUACAUCAAUGGCGAAGUGAUUGCUAUUGAUGGAGGCGUCCUUAACAUGCUGGCCGGACGUUAA